UAAAGUUGGAACAUUGAAAAGCAGAAUUAUUUUCAAAUUCCUUAAAUUUGGCGUAUAAACGCAUACUGCAGUAUUGGAAUCAGCGCAUAUUCACGACAGACGUGGGACAUGUCUCUCGAAGAUCCAUUCUUCGUGGUGAAGGACGAGGUAUUCAAAGCAUUAAAUAAAACUCGCGGCCUAUAUUUGCGUUGGCGCGAGCUAAGCGAUAGUAGCGGCAGUGCUGAGGUUGAAUGGACUACAACCGAGUUAAGGAACUCAUUGCGUAGCAUUGAAUGGGACUUGGAAGACUUGGAGGACACAAUUAGUAUAGUUGAAAAGAAUCCGAAUAAAUUUCGCAUUGAUAAUCGUGAGCUUUUGAGUCGUCGGCAUUUCAUCGACAACACACGCGAUGAAGUCAAGCAGAUGAAAGAGAAGAUGAGCCUGAAUCGGAACAGGGACAGAGAUAUAACGGCACAUCAACCACUACUCGAUGAACACAAUCAUAACGAAAUUAAUCAUCAACAAAACAAUCAGAACGGCAAUAGUAAUUACAACAACAACUAUAACAACAGUCUAAACAAUAGUAGUCAACACAAUAAUCAUAAUCAACAACAACACCAACAACAGCAUCAUAAUCAUCAUCAUCAUCAUCACGGCAUCAGUGAUAAAACCUAUUUGGUUGAGUGUACAAACGGUGGCAUUGGCAGUGGUCUCUUGCAGCAGAAUUCUUUGAUAAGCAGCGCAGGCAGUGGUGUGGCCAAUACAAUUGCCGGUACAAUGGCAGCAGCGGCACAACGUCACAGCGGUACAAAGUACUCCAAAUUGGAGAAUACCGUAGAUAGUCCGGGUCAUUAUGCAUCGUUGGAUAGUCCGGGGCAUCGUUUCGUUGGCGAAACGGUGUCGGUACAACAGCGCAUGAUGCAAGGACAGGAUGAGCAGCUAGAUAUGAUAAGUGAUUCCAUUGGAACGUUAAAGACUGUAUCACGACAGAUUGGCGUGGAGUUGGACGAGCAGGCUGUCAUGCUCGAUGAUUUUGGUAAUGAGUUCGAUACAACGGAGUCCAAAUUGGAUACAACCAUGAAAAAAGUUGCCAAAGUAUUGCACAUGAAUAAUGAUAAACGUCAGUGGGCUGCAAUUUUCAUACUAUCCGCGCUUUUGUUAAUUGUGAUAAUUUUGUUUAUAAUUUUGUAAAUAUCGCGCUAAGUAAAAAAUUUCUUAAUAUAUUUGUUGACACAUGCAACUAUUUUUUUUUAUUGUACUCAUUAUUUUCAUGUGUGCAAUGUCAAAACUUGUUUAUAUUUAUUUUUAAUAUAAUAUUUAAAUAGCCAAAUAUGAAUUUUAUUUAAUUUUUACUCAGAUUUUGAUUUGUUAGCAAAUUUUGUAUUUAAAUUAUUAUUUUUUUUUUUUUUUUGAAGAGUUGGAAAAUGUCUACAGAGUAAUAGAAAAUUCCUCAGCGAAACUAAAUAUCAUUUAAUUGCGCAUGCCACUUAAAAUUUAAUAUUUGUAAAGAAAUAUUUGACAUUUUGAAAAAAAAAAACGAUUAAUUUUGUUUUAUGUUCACAGCUUUUAAAAACCGAAUUUUACCAAACUAUUUAGAACAAAAAUGCAUAAAGAAAUUAACAAAAUAUGUUUUGUUGGGACUCUAAUGUUGUAACCAUUGUAUUAACCUGAUUCCACGAUUUGGGUUUUCUUAUAAAUUUCAAGUCAAGCAGUGAAGACUUUAAUGAAAAACGAGCUCUAAAUCUAGAUCAGAUUAUAUAUAUAGAUUUUUUAUGUUUAAAGCAAAUUGUUAUGCCAAAAAUUUUACUCUGCUCGAUGCAAAAUCAACAUAAUAAUAUAAUAAUAUUAACAUUUUUUUAACCUCAAAAAUAUUUAAAUUUUUUUUUUUUACAAUUUAUGACUUCUUUAAUCAAAUUACUGCUUUUUAUACCACUUUUCAUAUUUCCAACAACUCAGCAACAUUAUUGUAUUCCAUUGAAAAUACAUUUUGCAUAUAUAAAUUAUAUAUUUGUAUUUGUAACGGUGCUUAAAAGCAAAUAUAUAAAGGGCAUAUAAACUGUUUCAGUCUUCAAAUUGUCAUAUACACAAUACCGCACAUAUAUAGCAAGCAACAAAAGUAAAAAAGAAACAACAACAAAUACUACAUACCAAAAGACAUUACAAACAAAUUAUAUAGUAUAUAAAAAAAAUUCCAAUUUCAAGUUUGAAACCCCAUUGCAAAGCUAGUUCAAAAUAAAAUGCAAAUGUAUCAUUUAGUAUCAGUUACGAUUACAGUAAAUUGUAUGUAUGUAUAUGUGAAAAGUAUAUAAAAUGCGCAUAUGUCCUUGUAUAUCAAAUGAUAUGUAUUUAAUUAUGUGAAAAUGAUAUAAUAUUGUAAUUUUUAAUUCCAGUCAAAUACAAAGUAGUCAAACUUAUAACAUAAAACCACAAAAAAAAAAACUAAAAAACCGUAUAAUCGAAAUUUGAAAUAUAUUGUAAUGUACUUAUAAAACAAAUUCAAUUGCGAAAAUAUAUAUACAAACCACUAUAUACAAAAUAA